AUGUCCGACGCUUGGCUUGCGUUCGCCCUAGGCGACUCUGGCAAUGAAGAUGAGGCGACUGACGUCGAUGGCGCAAUGGACGUCGAUGGCCUUGCAGAUCAUGGCGCAGAUGGCGCCACAGACGUCGAUGGCGCCAUGGGCGUCGAUGGCGCAGAUCGUGGCUCGCCGUUGCUCUUCCAGCUCGCCCCGUGGUCGCCGAUUGACCGACGCAGGCUGUGGAACCCGACGGUGAGGGAGGCGUCGUCGAUGGAGGGGCCUCUAAGAGGCUUCGCGAUCGCCCCGCUUCGCCGCUCGUUCGACGUGAUCUCACUACGACCUCGCGACGACGGCCCACGAUACCACUGUGAGGCCACGGCGACAGUAGCCGACGACGUCUUGGACAUUGAGCGCCCCCCGAAGAUUGUUUCAAGGGCUGCUGGCUCCAUGAUCGUGGGUGGCGACAGGAGGCGCCAUGGCGAGACCGUCGAGAUGAUUGCAAGCUGUCUCGUGCAUUGCGACCGCUGUGCGCUCCAACUGCUCAACGAAAGCAUCCGUAGAGAUGCCACGUCGCUGCUGCUUUUCGUGGAGUUCUCAAGGUACGACGCUACGGAGCUCAACGUUGGACUGAAACGAUAUGAUGCGGACUCGGCUGUGCCACUCCUGGACGCUACAUCUAACACGGAGGCUCUCAUGGACAUGGCGCCCGACCUCGCCCUUAGCAAAGAGUUGGAGUCUGCGACACUCGCCAAGGAUGGCCAGACUCCGGAUCGAGCACACCUGUUUGGUUCAGAACAUGGUUGGGCCGCUCUGAUCAGUAUUCAGGAUGGCGAGCGCAGACGGCUCGUCAAUUUCUUCGGCCCCACGCUGACAUGGACCCAGGUUGUAGACCGCGGCACGGCUAAGUGUGCAAAGCAGGCGCUCAUCGAGACGUGCGGCACGUUCAUUGACGCGGACCAUUACGACACACGGCUACGAAUUGCAACCACAGAUGCCGCAUCAGCGAACUAUAUGACCGAGAGGGGCAUGAUGGCGGAUCGCGACGAUGGAUGGGUCAACUUGCACAUGCCGUGUAAUGUUCACAAGGUUGCGACAGGCCACACCAAAACAUACGACUUGGUAAAAGAUGACAUCACUGGAGCCAUACAACUGUCACUGUCAGUAUCAUCAGCAUCGGCCAUGAGCUCCUUCAGGCGCGCAUUCACCACCGUGGCUCGCAAACGAUUGGUGGUGGAGCGAGGGAGGCCAACUGCGUUGGACGAGGAGUAUCGGGAGACCAUGCUGAACCUCUUCCUGACCAAGGGGCAGAAGCACGGUGAGAAGGCGCACAUGGCCAAAACUAUUCUGAACGGCCCGUGGCAGGACCACUCCAAAUUCGUUGUGUACAUCGAUGGUGAAGGUCCAAUCCCAGCCACGGUUCGAAGACAGGUGGAGAAGAAUGUUGUACGUUGUCUGAACUUUGUUUGCUUGGGGAAGUCAUUCAGCACCUACCCUCGUCAUCGCUGGACGGGCGCGGACGUUUCCAUUGAUGAGAUUGGUUUGGCUGCUUGCAUACACGGGCUUCUUUUUCCAGCCUACCAGUUGUUCGUGAAGUCUGCCGCGGGCCCGAGCGACGGUAAGCACGAGGGUGACCGCGCGGCUGACAGUCGGCCUGCCGACCGACGGCCCCGCGCUGGCGGCGGGCCGCGGUCGGCUUCCCCAGCGGGCGGCGAGGUGCCCAUGGGCGCCGCUGCAGCGCAGGCCGCGGAACGCGGACACGCGCCGACAUGGCACCAACAGAAUGAGACGGACAAGAAGAAUACGUUGAAAUGGGUGGAGACGGAGCCUCUCCACAAGUUGAUGGCGAUUCGGGUCACGAUGGAGCCGUGGAGAGAGUUGAUGGAGGCAUACUUGUUCAGCGCAGGGGACGAUUGGGAACUCCGUCAGAGAUGUGCGGAAGCAACUCACCAGCUGGACCCGCAGACGUCGGACAGAAGGCAGUUCCGUUUGUCGACGUACGCUGGGCUGGUGUACGAGAAGGAGUUCUUCGAGGAUUUGGACAAGGCGUGGGACUCCAGAGUGUGGGACUUCAUCCCAUUGCAGUCUCGUACGUUUGCAUUUCGGUCAGUGUGUUUCAGGAUGUUGUCAAGGUCUGGUUGCUUGGUGAACCAUUAUCUUGUGAAGCCUGCGGACGAGUUCCCCGUUGCCCUCUUCGCCUUGAUCCUGGGUGUGGACUGCGCCAAACAACUGCAGGACCAACCGCGCUGCUUGCGGGAUGUCUUCUCGGAUCAUAUUUUGGAAUCGUAUCCAGGAGACGCGCUAGGCAACGAGGAAUGCAUCGCUAAGUUGAUCACUGUGGCCCAGAUAACGCACGUGGAGAACGUUAAAUGCGAGCACGACCACUCAUCUUUCAAGAGGCACGUGGAUGCGCAGAGCGUCAACACGAACCGUGCGAAUUUCGAUUAUGUGAACGCGCAGGUCACGUGCCAGAAGUUCAGGGUACGGUUGAAGCGUUGCGGGCGGAUCGUCAUCGCGACGCAUCGGGCAUUGAAGAGCAGUCGUGAAGCCAAAGCGAAAGGCGGCGCCUCAUUCGGCCCGACUACACGGGACGUUCAGAGGUUCACAAGUAAUAAGAUUAUGAAAGCACUUGUUGAUAGGUAUUGCAGCGGAGCCGAAUCCACCAUAUCUGUCUUACCAUUGCUUGGGGGCACAUUCUCUCCAUCGAGUUGCGACGCAGAUGUUGACAAGCAUCGGGCGGCCGCUCGAUCCGCGGCGAAGCAGCUCAUGGCGUCCAAGAAUAAGAAGCUGGAUGCCUCGACAGACAUUCUCGACGCGUGGGACGCGCAGCACGGGGCGGAUCGGCUUCGGAACCUCAUCGAGUUGGGCCCUACGCUGGCACCUUGCCAGCCUGCCCUGCAGCCGCUCCCCUCGAGCGGCUUGGAGACUUAUGAGGUCAUGUUCGACUUGUCCAAGAAGGCGAGUGACAUCGCUUCGUUUGUAAUGGGGAACAGGCGAAGCUCCAACUUGGGAUGCAUCCUGAAGCGCGACUGGGCCAAGAAGAAUCGGCUGAUAAAGCACGACGACCAGCCUCAGUGGAAAGAGCCUGAACGGGGGAGCGAGUGUAACAAGAAGUGCAGAGGGUAUGGCUACUGCGUGUGCUCGGAGGAUGGGAAGCUCGUGGCCAGCCUGCGAAAUUCUGUAAUAUCUGCCCUGAAGAGGAUAUGUCCACGAACAUCUGCGAACGUGCAGCUGCUGAAGGAUGCGUGCUUGGUGCUGAGGCUGCAGGGCGUCAAGCCGCCCCAAUCAGCAUGGCUCGACUCUGCGCUCGCGGACGACGAUGGCGACCCCCCUGAGGCCUACAGUUUCAGCCACGGCGUAUAUUGGUUUCAUAUCGGCUUCUUGCUUCUGAGCCCGUACCAGCCUGAGUUCCACGAGUUGCUGCAGGAACCCGUGGACGGCGAGACCCCGUACGUCUGGCUGCGGGCGCAACGCAAGUAUUUCUACGAGUGGGCUUUGUUCUCAAACUUGGAUCGUUUAUGUUCGUGGACUUGCAGCUUGUAUCGGCUGGUGGAUACGUGCGAGCACACGGGACUCUUCGAUGUUACGUUGGUCCCAGUGGAGGCAUUGCCAUUGCCCGACGGCGAGGUCGACGCGUGGCCCGUGCGGAGGCGCAAGCGAACCAGAGGCAAAGCUGACGAUGCACCGAAGCCCGCUGGGCCAAAGAAGCAGACCGCCGAUGCGCUGGAGGACGACGAACCCGACGAGGGCAGCGGCUGCGACGGCAAUGCAGAGGGCCACGGCGACACCGAAGUCCUCGAUGUGCUGGACAUCCCAGGCGGCGGCCGCAUCUCCUACUACAAGAACGGCGACUUCGUUGCGGAGUGCCCGAACCCGAAGCACGGCAAGAAGUGCAGAUUGACGCGCACUUCGAGACGCAAUGACAAGAGACCCGCCCAAGGCAAACCAUUGGGUCUCAUGAUGGGGUGGAUUUCACUGGCGUUCUCGGGGGCCUUCCCCAAUUGCCACGAACACGUGCACAACAAGAUGUGCUUCCCGAACCACAAGGCCAGGAUCAAGUACAGGAAGGAGUUGGAAAAAAUAGCAGGCAGCAACGACGUGCUGCAGCAUGAGAACCCACGCGGCAGGCCCGAGCCACCAGGCCUGCCGUGA